UCUUGGAGCUCUUCGGGUCCUUUUUUUUUACUAGUACAGAAGCAGUUUAAUGGGCCUGCUUAUGUAGCCCGCUAACCCCUCUCGUAGCGCUGCUAGAGCAGAGCCCGCCUCGCUGGCUGUACCACUGUCUCUUCGACAUUCUUCAGACCUCCUCCUCCCCUCCGUCUCCGGCGGCUCUGCUCGCCGGCGCCGUUGAGGCGCGGGGACAGCCAACCAGCAGCAAGCUUGGGUGUCUCCUAUGUAGGAUCAUAUAGAAUCACCUCGAAUCAAUCUCGCUGACGGUGAGACCUACCAUGUCGCUGCCGUUGCGGGCAGGGGAAGCCAGACGGAGUCCAGCUCUCCUCUCGCGAGCUGCUCCGAUUGCAGAGAUCCAAGGAAUCUCUCUUGUUUUUGUUUAUGCCGUUGCCGACGGAUCCGGGCUUGUCCGGAUUAAUGCCGACGCCCGGUUCUCAUGGAUCCCUGCCAUUGUUUUCUCACCUGUCAGAGCCCAACAAUUUACAAGUUGUGAAUUUCUAACGCCAUGUGUUUCUCAUCUCACCUAAUGAUGCUUGUCUCAUGCGCCAACAACCCUGGAAUCAACUUGGGCCAUCCACAAUUCGACAAGUCUGCAACUGAUUCGGUCAGACCAACAUAAGUUGAGCAUGAGUAGGUAGACGCGUGCCUCUAUAAAAGCUGUGCCAAGGAGCUCUCUCUGUUGCCAUUCUUUGCAGUGUAAAUUUCCUCGAGACUGGCAGAGAUAUCACCGUCAAAUGUCUCCUCCGGGUACUCAGUCUCCUCAAGAUUAAGUGAAGUCUUGGUCACCCAUUUUCUGAAACAACAUGUCUACCGUGUGCUAGCAACCGUGAAAUCAACUUGGAGCAUCCAAAUUUUAAGAAUUCUCUACUGAACUGGUUUGACCAAUACAAGGUAGGUAGCCUAUAAAGCUGCGCCAAGGAGCUUUCUGAUCCAUCGGGAGUCCUGAGGUGUAAUUUUUGCUCAAGACUGGCAGAGAUAUCACCAUCAAAUGUCUUCGUCCAAUAUUCAGAUGGGAGAGAUGAGUACCAGUGCUGGGGAUAGUUGUGAGGAGGCUCUCCUAGCGAGUGCGCAAGAUGAUCUGAUUUCCAACUUGCCAGCAGAAGGUUUACCACCAUCAAGUGAUAUGCCAUAUGCGAGGGUACAAAUCAAAACCAUCUUGGAUACAGUGGAGAAAGGAGGAUUGAUGGAUGACGAUACCUUAGACUUUGCUAUUAGAAAUAUGGCGAGAGAGAAAUCAAGUGAUGGGGGUCUAAAAAAAUCUAAAUAUUCAUGCCGCAAGCACUACAUUACUUCGUACUUUGCGGUAGGUGCCACCCGUGAACGGAACAAUGACAAUGUUAAUGAUCCUGAAGUGGACCCUUUUUUCAAUAAGGACUUUGAGUGCAUGGAUGCUUCCGAAAGUAACAAUAUAGAUGUGCUAUGCAUUCCAGUCAACCAUCUAUGUCAUUGGACAUUGUAUGCUUACGACAUGAAAAACGAUAAGCUAAGUAUUUUGGAUUCAAAGGAAAACUACUCCCGUCAUGAAGGCAUUCCAUAUAAGAUCGGCAAAGCUCUUGAGAGGGUACAAAAAGAUUAUGGAUUGUUCAAAAAUAAGUCUAAUUUCAGUCUUUGGCCCCAUGUGUUUCCUCGAGUACCUCAGCAAGGAUACGGGACCAAUGAUUGUGGGUUCUUCGUCUUCAAGUUUAUGUGUCACUGGAAUGGCCAUAAACUCACUGGGUUAAUUUCCCGGGAAACAAUGGACUUGCGGAAUGAAUUUCUAGCAUACAUACACUCUUUCAACAUAAACGAAGCAGGCCCCGUAGAGGGGGUAGCUUUGGAGAAACCUCAAGAAUGGACACGAGAUAUUUCAAGGCCACCAGAAGCAACAAUUGCAAUCAUUCCAACGACUACUAGAGCUAUUGAUAGUACAAGCCCAUCCUUGUAUAAGGUUGCUCCAAUAACAAAGAUUCUAGUGGAACCAUGCAUGACGUUGAAGUCCCCUUUCUUGGUGAAACGGAAGUCUUUUGGUAGGCCAGACACCAAAAUACUGGAGGAUUUGUAUCAGGACAUUAUCACAGAUAAAUUGCAUAUAUGGCAAGGGCCUGAAGAUAUUCAGAAAUUAAUGAAGGAUGGACAAAAGGUGGAUGCCCUAUGCCUAAAUUUAGUUGUUAGCAAUAUGCGGAAAGUGGAUGCUCAUGAUUUUAAGAAUACCAAGUGUAUGGGUUGGAGGCACUAUGUUGAUUCAGACUGGGCGGUAAAGUCAUUGAGUGGCUAUUCAAAUCCUAUUGUUCUCAAAAAUAUAUUCUAUCGCGGAUCAGCUAUGUAUAAUGCUUCACGGUCACAUAUGGUAUUCAUCCCAGUUGUCAUCCAUGGUGACCAUUGGACUCUGUAUGCUUUCAACAUGUAUGAUCAAAAGCUUAGUAUUCUAGACUCUCUCUCAGAUACUAUUGAAGGUGUUGAUGAUCCUGUGGAGCGCCACCAAAAAACCAGACAUGAUGUAUGUGAUGCACUUACCACAACCAUGAACUUUACAAUUGACUUUCGUAGCUGGGAAUACGAGUUCCCUAAAUUACCUAGACAACAGAACAGCUAUGAUAGUGGAUUUUUCGUAUUCAAUUUCAUGCGCUUGUGGGACGGCCAUCAACUUGCUCAAUGGUUUCCAAUUGAACCAAGGGAGCUGCGGAAGGAUUUUCUGGCAUAUAUUCUCUCGUGCACGGAUAACAUUGUGCAUAUUCCUAAAGAAGUCUCUUCGAAAAUUAAAGAUCUUCCUGGGAAGAUGAUGGAUUGCAAAUUGCAGGAGGUUGCGGCGUCAGGUGAUAAACUUAUUGCCGAAAAUCAGUUGGCAAUUACUGUGUGCCCAGAGUUAGUGACAUCUGCUGAAAGCCCCAAUGAGUAUACUUGUUAUUUUAAUUUGCACUGGAAUCCAAUUAGAGAAGCGCCUGCGACAUCAAGUGCACCGGAUCCUUCAUUUGUAUCCUCCGAUUUUCUCAGUACAUGUCAUCGAGUCACCUCCGAUGGCGACGGGGUGCUCCAUAUUGCUGCAAGGUCUAGAAAUGUUGCCCUAGUGCAUGACAUCUGGGAGAACCAUGGAACCCUUGCAACGUUGCUCGUAUCAACAGUAAACAACAGAGGAGAUACAAUACUGCAUUGUGCGUCUGCCGGAGGGUCUGAUGCAAUUGUUAAACUUUUUUUGGAAAAUAUGGGUAGCGCCAUGUUUCUGAGGGCCCAAAAUCUCAAAGGAGAAACCUGCUUACACGAGGCGGUGCGCCACGGACAUGCCGGGAUUGUAAAGACACUGAUUUUGACGGACUCGAGAAUUCCAUACUUGGGCAGGCCCACGCUAAUGCAAAUAGUGGACAAUGCAGGUAUAUCUCCACUCUACUUGGCUACCACUUUACGAAGGAUUGAAAUUGUUCGGGCUCUCACAAAGAAAACAUACCGGCAAGAUGAUAAGGAUGCGGCAUCCUGCUCUGGCCCUGCAAGGAAAACAGCAUUGCACGCUGCCGUGGUUCUUCUAGACAAAGAGAUGAUUGCAGUUCUGCUGGACUGGAACGCAGGUCUUACGUCGCAGGAAGAUGAAUCUGGGAGCACCCCUCUGCAUUUUUUGGCAUCACUUUCCUUGGAACGCACAGAACCCAAUAGCCUAGUGCGAGUUCUCUACCUGUGGCACUUGCAACUGAGAGCUCUUACACUUUCUUUGGCAUUAUUCUGCUUGGAAGGUAUGGAACCCAAUAGCAUGCAACGAGUAACAAUAAUGAUGAACAAACUGUACAAUAUCUAUAACUCCGUCUUUAAUCCUCUUCACUGGGUCAUUAUCAUGGUACUGCAUAUGUACAAGCGAGCCCAAGACUCGGGUGUUCUCUACAGACCGCUUCAAUACUCAGAAGAUAAUGAUUACAAAUUUGUCCAAGACUCAGGUACCAUAGAACUUAUCUUGAGAAAAGACCCACUUUCUGCCUUAUACGUGGACUCGACAGGAUCACUACCUAUACACAUCGCGGCUGCACACAGGAGACUGGAUACAGUAAAAAAGUUGCUUAAAGAGUGUCCUUGUUGCUGCUCAUCACGCAAUGCUGCUGGCCAGACCUUUCUUCAUCUUGCUGUCGAGAAGGAAAAGCUCGAGAUAGUAGAUUAUGUUUGCCGAGCACAAAAAUUCAACAGAAUUCUAAACACGGAGGAUCAAGAUGGGAAUACAGCCCUUCACCUAGCCGUGAAAAAUGCUAGUGAGAAAAUCUUCUGCACUUUAAUGCGGAACAAGGAGGUUUGUCUCAAUUUUGCAAACAAGGACGGGCACACGCCUCUUGAUCUGGCAUUCCUAAGCCUUCACCCGAAAGAGAAGCGCAUGCAGGGCUCUCGGGAAUGGAUAUUUUUCGACUUGCUACACGGCGGUGGUGAUUUCGGUGUUUGUAGCUGGGGUCAUCUGGCCAGAAAUGUCGUUGAAGCUGACUGGGACAAGGAAUCAGAAAGUGUAAGCAAAUCCGCGAGCAUGAUGGCCGUCUGUGCAGUACUCAUCUUGAACGCGUCGCUUAUGGCGCCCUUCCAAGUGCUUAGCCACAACCAAAAGGAGAAUUCGCUGGCAUUUCAUGGGGCUAGGUUCCAAGCUUUUGUGCUUUUCGACACCCUCUCAUUUGUCUGCUCUGCAGCUGCCACAUAUUUCUGCGCGUGUGCGGGUUUCACCAUGUCAGAUGGCUCGACGCGCCUGAAAAACCUGAUCACCGGAACUUAUGCCCUUGUCUUGGCAGCCCUGACUUGGAUAUGCGCUGUGGCUCUAGCACUGUUCCUGGUGCUACCUGUGCAAACCUGGUUUCGUCCCAUUAUUGUUGGAGGCAUGGGUGUUUUUGCGUGCAUGCUUUUCUUGUACGCACGAUCCAAGCUCUUCUCCGUCGCCUUUCAUCUGAGAGCUGUAGGUGCUAGAGUUGGUAGUAUUUCCAAGCUGGCCUUCCUACUGCUGUUAGGACGGAGUGCAGUAAAGCCACUAUGGGUGGUUCCGUCGCCGUCCAUUGUGCUAUUUUUGUCACUAGGAGCUGGACUUGUUGUGUUUUUGUAUCAGCUUCCGUUGAUAGAACUAAGUAAAAAGAUGUAACGGAAUAGUUGUGUGUCCAGCAGUUAGAAUGGAUUAUUUUCAUCCCAUAUUUAGUUUGGGAAGUUCUAAAUUUGGUUUGGUCGAAUGAUUGGGACAAAACGACAGAAUGUGAUGAUUCUGUUACAUGUUUGGUUGGAGUGGUGCUGGAUAACCCGGUGAGGACUGUCUCUGAACAGUUUUGCGGUCCUGGCUCUGAUCAUCA